GAACAAAUAUUGCUGGUCAUCGCGGUUACUUUCUAACAAACGAUGGUGUGGAUCUUAACCUGGCGCUUAUACAAUAUGGACUUUCGUUUCUGAAAAAAAAGGGAUACAAAAAAUUACAGACACCUUUUUUCAUGAGAAAAGAGUAUAUGGCUAAGACAGCUCAACUGGAACAGUUCGACGAAGAGUUGUAUAAGGUUGGUGGAGAUGGCGAGGAUAAAUAUUUAAUUGCAACUUCUGAACAACCUAUUUCUGCGUUUCACGCUAAUGAAUGGUUCGAAAGGCCAACAGAACAGUUGCCUGUAAAAUACGCCGGAUACUCGACGUGUUUUCGUAAAGAAGCUGGGGCGCACGGAAAAGAUACAUGGGGCAUCUUUCGCGUACAUCAGUUUGAGAAGAUCGAACAAUUCGUCCUUACCGAACCAGAAAAGUCUUGGGAACAAUUUGAAGAGAUGAUUGAUAAUUCAGAGCAAUUUUAUCAGUCUUUGGGUUUGCCUUAUCGAAUAGUUUCCAUUGUUUCAGGUGCUCUUAAUAAUGCAGCAGCAAAGAAAUACGAUCUUGAAGCUUGGUUCCCUUUUCAGAAAGAAUACAAAGAAUUAGUUAGUUGUUCCAAUUGUACAGAUUAUCAGUCUAGGCGAUUAGAAAUUAGGUGUGGUGUAAAGAAGAUGGGAGAUCGUGAAAAGAAAUACGUGCAUUGUUUAAAUGCCACCUUGUGUGCCACCGAAAGAGCAUUAUGUUGCAUUUUGGAAAAUUAUCAAACUUCUGAGGGCGUCAUUAUACCGGAACCUCUUCGGCCUUAUAUGGAAGAUAGAGAUUUCUUACCAUUUGUCAAACCCUUACCAAAGAAAAA